GCCGUUCCGGGGCGGCGGGGCCGGGACGCGGCGCUGCUGCUGCGGGAGCUCCGAUUCCUGCUGCAUUAUGUCAGGAGACAGCGACUGCACCAGGACAAGUCCAUCAGCAGGGUCUCCAUCAGACAACGAGCUCUUGCCAGAUCGGCCAAAGUAUGUUUGUUCACUGUCUCCUGAUCUCGUUACCAAAGCCCGGGAAGAGCUCCAAGAGAAACCUGAAUGGAGGCUCCGUGACGUGCAGGCGCUCCGGGAUAUGGUGUGCAAGGACUAUCCCUCCCUGGGGACGUGCCUGGACGAUGCUUUUUUGCUGAGAUUCCUCAGAGCCAGGAAGUUCGAUUACGAUCGAGCGCUUCAGCUCCUGGUGAACUACCACACCUGCAGGAGGACCUGGCCCGAGGUGUUCAGUAACCUGAAGCCAUCUGCAAUAAAGCCUGUCCUGGAGUCAGGCUUUGUCACUGUGCUGCCUCAUCGGGACCCGGAGGGACGUCACGUCGUCUGCAUCCGCCCAGACAGAUGGACACCCAGUAAUUAUCCGAUUACUGAGAACAUUCGUGCCAUAUACUUAACCUUAGAAAAACUCAUUCAGUCCGAAGAGACCCAGGUGAAUGGAAUUGUAAUCCUGGCAGACUACAAAGGAGUCAGCUUAUCUAAGGCGUCUCAUUUUGGUCCUUUUGUAGCCAAAAAAGUGAUUGGAAUUCUUCAGGAUGGAUUCCCCAUUCGAAUAAAGGCUGUUAACAUAAUAAAUGAGCCUCGUAUAUUCAAAGGCAUUUUUGCAAUCAUCAAGCCUUUUCUGAAGGAAAAGAUAGCAAACCGGUUUUUCCUUCAUGGCUGUGACCUGAAUUCCCUUCAUCAAAACAUUCCCCCGGUGAUCCUUCCUGAGGAGUACGGUGGCACCGCAGGCAAGCUGGACAUCUCUGCGUGGAACGAGCUGCUGCUGGCCUCUGAAGAGGACUUCCUGCACGACUUCUCCCAGCUGGUGGUGGCCUGUGACAGCUCCCCCCACGACAUGCUCGUGAGUGGGGAUGCCGAUGAAAAGCAGUGUGAUGAUUCUCUGCGGGGCAUGAAACCUCAGCUCUAUUACUGCUACUGAGAAACCAGGGCAGGGGGGUUUGCCAGCAGUUCAGGUCUGCUCUCAUAGGUGAUGUUGUGAACUCUGCCUUACUCCUAAACCUGCAGUUUAGGGACAGACUGCUGAGGCACUUUACACUGUAGAACCAAAGGAAGCUGGAGAGGGCACAAUGGGGGCAGGGCAGAGUUCGGGGAGAAUAAAAGCGAAGAGCACAAGUUAUGUAGAAGACUUGAGGCUCAUCAACCUCCAGCUGAAUGAUGCAGAUGGCCUGUUCUUUCUAAUGAUAAAGGGAAAAAAAUAUUGCAGGAUCAUAAGCUUGAUAUUUUCUUAUCCCCUCCCCUCACAGGUGAAAAGUGACAAUGAUGAUUUACUAACUUUGUGAUCAUCUGUUCCCUUCCCCUUCUGCAAACACCAGUAACCCAAGAAAAGAAAAUGGCUUGUGAACCCUGCAAAAUACAGUUCUGUAGUGAAGAUUGCAUAAACCCAUAAAAGUCUUAACUUGGCCUGUCCUCUGUCACAUGGUUCAGAUUGUGAGUUGGCAUUUCUGAAAUAUCUCAGUGAAUAUUUGGCUUAAAUUAAUACAGAACAAAACUUAUUCACAAAUACCCAUAUGGAGAACAUCUCCAAAACUUCCUCACUGUAGGAGGAACUGUGACUGAUGGAUUAACUACUACAACAUCUAUACCAUGUUUGCACAACAGGUGCAAUCCUCACUUUCGGAAAGCAGGAAGUUUCUCAGAUAAGUCCUUUUGACUAGACAACAGCUUCAAAUAAUGAGGUUCAGGACCAAAUAAAAAAAAAAAGCUGUGUCAGGCACCUUCCCACAUUGUCAGUUCUUUUCUGGUUGUGAUGAGGAAUUGGGUAAGUACCUCCUCAUACCCAGAAUUCAUGAGGAGGCUUUGUAGCAGUUGGCAUGUGAUGUAUAGAAGGCAAUACUUCAUUGUAAGACAGCAAGGUGCUGCUUUAGCUUGUUACUUUGGGCUGAAUUUGAGUUUAAGUCUGUGAAACCAAAUGCAGACAGGCUUUUUAAAAGCACAUUCCUAAAUUUCCUGAUAUUGUAGCAUUUUGUUCACUGUGCUUGUUGGCUCUUUUGUGAAAUGUUACAAGUUUGUUUUUUUUAAACUGUGUUAACCUCUUUUGUCUUUGGUUGUCAUGUUCCUGUAUGAAGUUAGACUUGAGUCAUCUCUGUGAUAUUUACUCAUUGCUUGUAUGCCUGUGCUUCUAGGUCUUUGUCUAGAGACAGAACUAAGACUCCAGUGUCAAGCCAGGGUAAGAUACUGAUGUCUAAAUAAGCUGUUCCCACUCCCCAAGCUCUUUUUGUUUAAUGGUCUUGACUUAGAACUUAACUCUCAGCACACUCUUUGCACACGUUUUUCUGCACUAUAAUGGUGUGGAGAUGGGAACCUCACUAGGACCAGGAAAGUACACCCUGUCACUUCAAGGUGAGAUAUUUCACUAUUUGGUGGAAAAGAAUAUCCCUUCUAAUUGGGGACUUACUUCUAGAGCACUUUCUCUGGAUGAAAUCUUGAUUUAGUGCCAAAUGGGAUUAUAGGCACCAGUUAUGUUUCUGUAAAUAUAAACCUAAAGCAUCUUGAGGAUCUCAGACAUUCAUUUUUCAAAGUGCCAAACUCUGUUUUGGAUCUCUUUCUUCCUCUCAGUCCCCUUACAGCAUAACUGCAUUGCCAAAAAGAGCCAACUCUACCCCUGUAACGACUUCCUGACCUGGCAGCAGAUCUCAUCCUGGAACGAGGGGGUAGCAAAUGCCAUUCCUGUCAUCCAGGCUUUAUAAAAAGAGACUGGGUCUUGCAAAAGGGGUAAAACCAUGAAGCUUUUUUUUUCCUGGGUGGCAGUUCAGAAUUUGUGGAAGCAGAGGACUCAUCACGUGAACAGUUUUAGAUUAAAGGUGAGAAGAAAUUAAUUUUCCUUGGUGAAAUUAAUUCCUUGAUUUUUCUUACCUUUGUAAGUCAAUUGAAACUUUUCUUUGAUAGCUAUUACCUUUAGUGUGGAGAUAAAAAACCAAACUACCAUUUUCAUCUACUUGAACUAAGGUGAAAGAGUACUGCUAGCCACCUCCUCCUUUGUGACCACAAUGCUCUGUGUGUUUUGCAGAGAUUAAAUCAGAUUUUUGCCUCACAGCAAGGCAGUAACACACAGGACUUAGGGCAGGUCAGUGGCUGCCCACGCUGCUGAACUGCCAGAACAGAAAGGAUGGUGGUUUUUUGUUGUUCUUCUGCCUCUUAAUUCCAGUCACAAUGUACAACUAAAAAAAAUUAAAUAGGAUGGACCAUUUUUCCUGGAGAUGAAGGCCUGACUGACAGUGGUGCUGAGGGGUUGGAAGUGGUGGUAGUUCAGCAGUUAACUGCAGGAACAGCUGCUUUGAUCCCCUUAUGGAACUACUAGAGAGGGAGCUGGAAUACUCAAAAUUCAGUGUCCUUCAAAAAGAAAGGAAUCUAGUGGUGUUCAGCAGAAGACUGAGGAACCUCUACAAAACCCACCCCCUUUUCCAGGCUUUUGUACUCUCCUGCAUGCCUUAAAUAGCAGGCAGCCUAGAUCCACCUCACCUUCUUCUUUCCUCUGCUCACAGAGAAACUUAGAAUAAAUAACAUGAUUUAAACAUAAUAGAUAAGGCCACGUGGUUGUGCUGGCUUUGGGUGGGGUGGAGUUAUUUUCUUCACAGGGCCAGUCUGGUGCUGUGAGAGCCAGCAGCCCUGUGGUCCUUGGUUGCUGGCUGGAGUUAAACCCCCACAAUUAUCAAUGCUGAAAACUGCCAGUCUUGUGCCUCCAGAAAUUAUUUCUCUUAAAGCUGCCUGCUGGGCAGUUAUGUCAGGAUGCUUGAGCUAAGCCAGGCUUACCUUUAGCAAGCAUCUGUUAUUUCUAAUUUGCUCUUUCUUGGCUUUAGAACUCGGACAAAAGUUGCAGCUUCACUGAGCUGUGUUUCUCAUCCUGAACUGUCUCGAAAACCAGGCUUACAGGAAGCACAGCUCUGUGUUCUGUGCACCUGGCUACAGAGCUGAGAAUGUUCUUUGAGCUUUAGCACUUGCUAGUAAAGAAAUCAGUUUGUUCCCAGAAUUUCUCGUGUCAACAUUUGGAAAAACAAACACUUGUGUUUUAAAUAUAAACACAACUCUCCUUAUAUUUAAGAGAAGAGCUAGGAAAAGCUUACAGGCUGGGGGUGUUUUUUGCUUGGGGUUUGUUGUUUGUUGUUUUUUUUCUUACAGCACUACAACCAAUCUUUUUUCCCCACUUGAAAUAACUUUGUUUCCAGAGGUUAUAUGCCUUGCCCAGUACAUAAGGCCAUCCCUGACAAAUCCAAGACAUAAUAAGGGAAUAUACUUGAACUUCAUUGGCAUGAGGUGGGACAAAAGGUAGCUGCAAACUGUACAUUAAAGUACUUGAAUUUAUACUCUUGCAAACGGGUGUUAAGAGCCCUGAGGUAUUUUCAGGAACUGGCUUAAGUAUUGUUUUUGUUAAAUCUCAUUUUGGCAUGAGUUAAAUCGUAGUGUUACUCAAACUAGUAAUUUUGCCUUCUGUUGUAUGUGGGCCUAGAGGUGUUGGGUGGUUAAGUGUACAUCUUAUUUUGACAAAAUUUAUUUUUAUAUUGCAUUUUAUAAAAUGAAGUCGUCAAAAAUGUGUAAUUUUAUGAUGCAUGACUGGGUAAUUAAACACAUUGUAACAGCUGCUAAUUUGAUAUUUUCAA